AUGGACCGCCUCGACCAGCCGCUUUCAGACGCGCCGAUGCCGCGGCGCUCGGGUGCCACGAGCCGAAGUUCCCCCUACAGCCGAAACGCGCGGUCACGCACAGCAGACGAUUUCGGAUCAUGGAAGCACGAUCGAUACGACGAAAACGCCUCCACCCGCGGCCCUCGUCGCGGCAACUCUGGUCGUCCAAUGUCCUUCCCCCGCGACCCUGCCGAGACGAACGAGGUCAGGGCGACCGGUAAGCUGUUCAUCGAGAACCUGCACUGGGACGUGUCCGAACACGACCUCAAGACGCUGUUCGAACAAAUUGGACCCGUCACAAAGGCGUAUAUCAAGUACGAUCGAAGUGACAGAUCGACGGGUCGGGCAGUGGUGGUGUACGACAAUCCCAACCAUGCACUCCAGGCCAAGAACGAGUACGAUGGUGCGAAGGCCAAGGGACAGGUGAUCAGUAUUACGCAGGAGAUGCGUGCCGAUCGUCCCAAAGUACAGACGCAGAAGUCGCUGCUUUCUCGAUUCGAUCUCGGAUCGCGCCUCAAAGGUGGUGAGGAGGAGGAGGCGGCGGGAAAGUUUGGCGACCGUCUUGGACCCGUACGCCACGCUCGGGAGGGCAACAAGACCACCUCKACGAGGGGUGGGAAUGGCCAACGCAACACACCGAGGGAGAAACGCAAACCUAAAACCGCCGCUGAUCUCGAUUCCGAACUAGACGCCUUUAUGAACGCGCCGGCCAAAGACUCGGCACAAACGCAAGCGCAAGCACAGCCCACGCAGCAGCAACACGACGUCGAAAUGGCCUAG